CCCCAUUCUCAAAUGAGAGUGCGCGUCUCCGUCUAGAGGAAGCGUGCGCGCGCUUGAGGGGCUGCGGUCCCAUUGACUAUUCCGUCUCCCUGACACCGGCAGCAUCAGCACCAGCACCAGCACCGCGGACUCGGUAAACACAGCGCCGCACGGACUCCGCCUUUGCUCCCAUCAUCCCGCCAAGAGUCCAAGCUCCGAGGCAGCUUCAUCUCUCGCCGGAGAACAAAGGCAGGACCCUCGUCGAUUUAUAUAUCCUUCGGAUCAGAUAUGGACUACCCUUAACUGGAACUGGAGGGGAGAGGCAGGCGGGCGGGCGGGGGGUGGGGGGGAGACAGAGAGGAGAAAAAGCCGUAUAGGAAGAGAAGCACAACCGUGGGUGCCCGCAACGAUGAAAGGUUCGCCACGCUUGCGAGAACCGCAGAUAAGCCAUCGGACUAUGUCCUGAAUAGCGGUUUACAUAGCUGGGAUUGUGUACCGAUCAUACGAGCCGCCAAGCAGGGGUAAAAUAUGUCCGCCUCGGUGGGGCCCCGCGGCGGCCCUCGCCCACCCACCAAGCAAAGCUCAAUUUCCGAGCUCCCGGACCUCAGUCACCUUACCGAGGAGGAGAGGGAAAUUAUCAUGGCUGUGAUGGUUCGGCAAAAGGAAGAAGAGGCGAAGGAUGAGGCCAUGUUAAAAGAGGAGAUGCCCAUACAAGCUAAAACUGUAAACUUGGUUGGGAACAAGAAACCGCCUCAGCAGAAUGACAUCAGUUUGCACCAGCAGUUUGCCACCUACAAAGAGCAGGUGAGGCAGAUUGGGCAGGAGCCCCAGCAGAGGCAGCCGAGUCAACACAAGGAUGACGCCCCCACCUGUGGCAUCUGCCACAAGACCAAGUUUGCUAAUGGCUGCGGUAACCUGUGCUCCUACUGCCAGACGAAGUUCUGUGCCCGGUGCGGGGGAAGAGUCUCUCUGCGUUCCAAUAACAAGGAGGACAAAGUGGUAAUGUGGGUAUGUAACCAGUGCCGUCGGCAACAGGAUAUGCUCACUAAAUCAGGAGACUGGUUUUCCAGCCAAGGACCCAAGCCUGCAGAGCUGGGGUUAGCGGUAAGUGAACCAGCCAUGUGUGGAGACCCCGCUGGGGUGAAGAAGGUGCGCUCUCGGUCUCAGAACCCUCUCGGCUCUUCCGUUUCCACUGCCCAUGACACCCAACGUCCUGCCCUGACUGACCCCAGCAAAGGCCCCUCUACUGGAGCAACCGAUACAUCACGCUCGCGCAGUGAGCCUCCACAAGAUAGAAAAAAGCCACCAGCAACCUCUGACCAGAAUGGCAAGUCAGGUCCAAGAGGUGAAAGGCGGCGAGGCCUAUCCAAACUUCAAUCCCAGGUCUCCGAAGAUGGGAAUCCUGGAGAAAACCGAAGGGAAAGUCGGAGACUGGUAAAGGCUCGAUCUCAGGAGCACGGUGAUACUGACAAGGGAAGGGCUGAGCCCAGGAGAACUGAAGGGGAACAUAGAACACCCAGGGAAAAAUGCAGGAGUGACCCAAAUGCUCUAAAUCACCCGUCCAAGCUCCGACCGGCGGAGUCUGAAAGACGUCUUCAGCCUAAGGCAAGAGAAGCAGGGGAGAUGGGGCAGGAGAACAGGGGUGCACGAAAAUGGGCGGAUGGGCGGCAGGCCUCGUUGGAUAGCCAGCAACAGUCCUACGUGCCAGAGAGGACCGUGGGGGGUAUAGGUAUGCAGGGCACACCUGCCGUGCAGGGUCCUCCCUCUAAAACGAACCACACCCCUCAGCCGCCUGCUCCGGGCUUCCGGGUGGGCCCUGCCAUGCCUGCCGGUCCCUCAGAGCUCAGGGAGCCCCAGGAAUGGGACAGAAAGUUGCAGCCGAGUCACUUGGACCCCGGCUCGGCUGCGCUGUUGCGCAAAUCGAAGCGGCAGAAAGCCGAGAGCAUGCUGCGCAAUGAUUCACUCAGCUCCGACCAAUCAGAGUCUCUACGACCGCCCCCGCCCCGCCCCUACAAGAGCAAACGAGGCGGCAACAAGAGGCAAAUGUCCGUCAGCAGCUCAGAGGAAGAAGCCGGUUCCACGCCAGAGUACACCAGCUGUGAGGAUGUGGAGAUUGAGAGCGUAAGCGAGCGAGGUGGCUCAGGUGACUGGGAGUGCUGUCCACUGGACCCCACCCACUGGCAUCAUCCGGUUACAUGGCAGCCCUCCAAGGAAGGUGAUCAUUUAAUUGGCCGAAUCACGUUGAGUAAGAGGACGGCCAUGCCAAAAGAGGCUGGGGCUAUGCUGGGGCUAAAGGUGGUGGGAGGAAAGGUUACAGAAACUGGGAGACUUGGGGCCUUCAUCACCAAAGUCAAAAAAGGAAGUCUAGCUGAUGUGGUUGGACAUCUACGUUCUGGUGAUGAGGUGCUUCAAUGGAAUGGUAAAACAUUACCAGGAUUGACCAAGAAAGAAGUUUACAAUAUCAUUCUGGAUUCCCAAACAGAAUCACAAGUCGAAUUAAUAGUUUCAAGGCCAAUUGGUGAUAUUCCACGAAUACCAGAAACAUCACAUCCUCCAUUAGAAUCUACAGGUUCAAGUUCCUUUGAGUCACAGAAGAUGGAAAGACCUUCUAUAUCUGUCCUGUCCCCAUCCAGUCCAAGUGGUCUUAGAGAUGCCCCUCAGCUACUGCCUGGACAGCUAUCGGUGAAAAUGUGGUAUGAUAAGGUAGGCCAUCAGCUGAUAGUGAACGUACUACAUGCCAUAGACCUGCAGCCCAGACAGGAUGGACGUCCCAGAAACCCCUACGUUAAAAUGUACUUCCUGCCGGAUAGAAGUGAUAAAAGCAAAAGACGGACAAAAACAGUGAAGAAAAGUCUGGAGCCCAAGUGGAACCAGACGUUUGUGUAUUCUCACGUGCACAGGCGAGAUUUCAGGGAGCACAUGUUGGAGAUCACUGUGUGGGACCAACCCAAAAUUCUGGAGGAGGAGAGCGACUUUCUAGGAGAAAUCUUGAUCGAGCUGGAGACUGCCCUACUGGAUGAUAAACCUCACUGGUACAAGCUGCAGACCCAUGAUGUCUCUUCCAUUCCUCUGCCACGCCCCUCGCCAUACCUGCCCCGCCGACACACCCACACGGACACGCCCACCAAAAAGCUUCAGCGCUCUCAGCGUAUUACAGAAACAGAUUAUGAUGAUGCUAUUGGUGUAGGCGCCACAGCUAUGGAGAACCGAUCAAGAGAGAGAGACAGAGACAGAGAGAGGGAUCGGGCAACAACGUUAGAGGUUCCUGAGGAGCAGAGACCGACCCAGUAUCGCUCGCGGUCAGUGUCCCCACACAGAGAGGAAGAGAGCAGGGCACGGUCCCGCCCACCCAACGUCCCCGCACAGAGGAGUCUGGAUGAGGUCCAGCACAGCCGUAGAUCACGAUCCCCAACACGCUACCAUGAUCGUGCCCGUGUGCAGGAGAGGGAUUAUGUAGAUGACAGUGAGGUCAUCUUGAUACACAGAUCAGUGCGGGGUAGAAGCGCAGAGUGUCUGGACACCCAAAGGAGUUUAUCUAAGUACAGCAGCACACUUCCACCUAAGAUGCCUUUAUUAGUCAAUGGAAUUCAUAAGGAUAUUUACAGCUCAACACUACCUGCAUGCCUUAAGUCAAAACCACGGCUGUCUGUAGUCACUGCUACUCAACGUUCGGUCACACGAGUUUUUAAGUUCACAGACAAGAUCAAUUUUAGGGAUCUACAGCCCUCUCUUGACAGGGUUAGAAGUGCUAGUACCAACUGUCUGAGACCAGAAUCUAAUUCCAAUUCACCCGAACGUGACAGGAGCACGCAGUCUCUGCCCCGUACCAGACCCACCAGCCCCAGGAUCCUAAUUCAGCAUGCCUCCCCAGAAGAUGACAGGCAGUCGAGAACUCUGGACAAGCCGAGCUGUCAGAAACUUGGCAAGAAAAUAUCUGACAGUGAGCGGGUGCAACCACACUCUGGCCCCUCAUUUUCCUCUUCAGCAGCGGCUUCAUCUUCCUCGCGCAAGGUCAGACAGUUACCCCAAGUCCCCGCCAAAAGCAGCAAUGUAGAACAAGCUCUUGCCUCAGAGGAGCGAACGCGGCAAAUGAAAGUACGCACCUUCCGAACACCAGCUCCCUCCAGUACCAGCCAGGACAUGGAGAGGACGCUGAAGAAUAAACGAGAGCUUUAUAAGGAGCAGCGACGGAGCUGUGACAAUGUGUCCCAUAAGUCCUCAGACAGUGAUGUCAGUGACGUGUCAGCCAUCUCUCGCGCCAGCAGUGCCUCGCGGAUCAGUAGCACCAGCUACAUGUCCAUUCAAUCAGAACGGCCAAGAGGUCGCUUCAGCACCCAUCAUGUCUUCUUCAGCCGUCACAUUCAUCCGUCCAGCCGCAGCAUGCUGAAGAGUGCAAGCGGGGAGAUCUACUCUCUGGAGCGCACAGACGGCAGCCAGUCAGACACGGCUCUCGGAACACUGGGAGCAGGAGGAAAAAAGCGCAGAUCCAGCCUUAGUGCCCGUGUAGUCGCCAUUGUGGGCAUUCCCUCUCGCCGCAGCAGGAGCACCUCUCAGCUAAGUCAGACAGAAGCAGCCAACAAGAAAGCAAAGGGAUCCAGUCAGAUCCAGCGCAGUCAGGAGACGGGUAUGGCAGUGGAGUAUCCCCGCAACGUCAUGGCCCGCCAGGCCAGCCGAGAAUCCACAGACGGCAGCAUGAACAGUUACAGCUCUGAGGGCAAUCUGAUCUUCUCAGGGAUGAGGUUGGGGGCCGACAGCCAGUUCAGCGACUUCUUAGAUGGUCUCGGUCCUGCUCAGUUAGUGGGUAGGCAAACACUUGCAACACCUGCUAUGGGUGAUGUUCAGAUUGGAAUGAUGGAUAAAAAAGGGAAGCUGGAGGUAGAGGUUAUCAGGGCCCGUGGUCUUACACCUAAACCAGGUUCCAAAUCGCUGCCGGCUCCCUACGUCAAGGUCUACUUGCUGGAAAAUGGUGUGUGCAAAGCCAAAAAGAAAACCAAGAUUGCACGUAAAACGCUGGAUCCUCUGUAUCAACAAGCGCUGCUGUUCGAGGAAAGUCCGCAGGGUAAAGUUCUCCAGAUCAUAGUCUGGGGAGAUUAUGGCCGUAUGGACCACAAAUGUUUCAUGGGAGUUGCACAGAUUCUUUUAGAAGAGCUGGAUCUUUCUAGCACGGUGAUCGGUUGGUACAAACUGUUCCCCCCCUCAUCACUGGUCGACCCGACUUUAGCUCCUCUCACUCGUCGCGCUUCCCAAACAUCGCUGGACUCUUCAGUGCCGCCAGGCGUCAGGUCCUAGUAAACAGACGAGGGCGCAACGCAGAACACGACCUAGCGGACCAAGGACAAGAGGCAACAAUCAGAAGCAGAGUGGCAGAUAAAAAGACAGAUGGAAAGAAAUCUCGAUCAAAGCUUUGCUGAAGCCUGACAAUCACUUCUCUCUUUUCCUUUUGAUCUUUGGGUUGUAGAGAUUUCCUUUGAUCCACUCUGCUCCUUACUGCAUGUUGUGUUGCUGAGACGAUGGUGACAAUUCAACCCAAAUAAAAGAGAGCGGCAAGAAUUGUGAUGGUGCUGGUACCCUAGAUGGCUCUGGUCAGUCAGCGCAUACGUUUUCUAUCCGUUUACAGAGUGUAGGCGAUUCAGAGAGGCAGUGAUAUGACAGAGAACGAGUGAGAGGAAAGAAAACACUCAAACUGGUUUAGCUUGGUCUUCCAGCAUGAUGACAGAUCAGAGACCAAGUGAUAGUUCACCCAAAAAUAAAAAUGCUGUCAUCAUUUACACACCCUCUUGUCAUUUCAAACUUGUAUGACUUUCUUUCUUCUGCAGAACACAAAAGAAGAUAUUUUGAAGAAUGUUGUCAAGUGGCCCCCAUUCACUUGCAUUGGUUUUGUGUACAUACAAUAGAAGUCAAUGGGGACCAUCAGUUUUUGGUUACCAACAUUUUUCAAAAUAUAAAGAAAAUAGUAACUGUUUGAAAUGACAAGAGGGUGAGUAAAUGAUGACAGAAUUUUCGUUUUUGGAUUAACUUUUACUUUAAGGCCAGCAAAUCCGUUUAUGCUGGUUUAAGAUGCUUUUUUUAUAGCAGGGACAGCACUGCCCCUCCUCUAUAUUGCACUUACAGGAAGUCACUCCACUGAGAGAGACCAGAAGUCAAUCUAUAAAGGUCAAGAAAUAGUCUUCUUUGAGAGUUUUCUCUCGACAUCGUGGAUGCUGCGUCUGAGACCUCACCUUGUGCCGAUCGGGCAUGAACUCAGAUUGUGUGAGUGUGUGUGAGAGAGAGUGCACGUGUUUGUGUCUAGGAAGGCAGGGACGCCUGAAAACCUUUUAAGUCUGUUUACAGCAGUCGGCACCGACUGCUUUGCCUUUUCACUUUACUGUCGGUAAAUAGGCACACUUUGUAGAAUGUGAAAACAUGCUUCAUGUUUUCUGGCAUUUGUGUCAUACGAGCUUCAUGGAAAACGCGAACCACUUGUAUUUGAACACCGGAACUGUACGACGCUGCCACCAUAGUUUCUUUUCUUUUCAGCCCUAACAGGAAAUGCAUUCAUUCACUAACACGUUUGACUUCUUGGAGUUCUUCCCAUCACGAAACGCAUCACUGGCAUUUGACAGCAUUUUUUUUUUUUUCGAUUCUGUUCGGACCUGUACAUACCGAUAUUAGAAUUUCUACCCGACUAGAGUUUACAUUAUUUUAAUGCAAGCACAAUUGCUUGGUUUUUUUAACAAAAAAGGGGAAAAACAGAAGAGGCCAAAUUAUUGUAAGCUUCCUAUUUUUAGCUGUUUGUCAUUUGAGUUUAGUUUCGAAUCAAAUGAAUCUCACAGAUCCCCUGAGCAUUUGAAUGAAUGUGACAGUAGGUGAGAGGUGGUCUUAAAAGACCGCCUUUCGUCACCAAUAAGGGGAACAGCAUGAAUCUGGAACUGUUCCAAGUUGCAUGCACAUUUUGUAAAACAAGACAGAUGAGAAAAAAGAGACUACAAUAAGUGUGUGUUAGUUCCACAAACUGUAGGUCAGCUUGUAUGUUGCAUGUACUUGUACAGUUUGCUUGUACUUGAUAUAAAUAGAUUAUCAAAUAAAAUUAAGCCAUUCAUUCCAUGUGUGGGCAUUUGGCCAGGUUCAGCCAUACACACAGGCCUUAUUUGGGGCUGAAUGUCUAUAAGAAGUUUUGAAAUGGUUUUAUUGUUUUUACCCAAUGGAUGAAUAAAUGCUGUACUGUAGUACCGAACAAACACAAGGCCCUGUUUUAUUGAAGAUAUUGGUGUUCACUGUAGUCUGUACUACUGUGGGACUAUAACUAAGGUAGAUAACAAAUAAAAAAUUUAGAGCUAUCUGUAUAUGGAGUAUGAUUAUACAAAACCACAAAGACUUAGAGAUAUAUCGAUAUUGAAAAAAUAGUGUAUCACUUGCGUACAUGCAUAUAUUGUAAAUAUGAGUCUGCAAAGUUUACUUAUAUUUACAAAGCUGCCCUGUUCAAGUUACUGGAUCAGUGAUCUGUCUCUUGGUUCUGCUGAGCGGAAGAAGGGAUGCGUCAAAAAAAAUAUUUUUAUUCGCUAAAUUAUGCCCACACUCACCAGAGAAAUUUGGACCUCUACUGACCUGUUGCUUUAUCAUAAAUGCUCAUGGUUCCUUCCUUGUUUCAUUGAGAAGUUUACUUUUUAUGCCUGUCACGGCAGACUUAUUUACUUUGUCAGUAUUAUUCAAGAUACUGAUUGUUUACAGUUCACGUGUUCCACUGAAACAAAAUUGAAAGUAUUCACUGCAACAUUACUUUGUACAGCAGACGUGGCUCAAAUAAUGUGUAUGUUUUAUAUUCAAGAGUUCAUUUUUAUUAUUUACAAAUAAAAGACUGUGUGGAAGAAAACUUGUAUGCAUUUGUUAUAUGCUACCUU